AUGGCUUUGGCAAAUAUUCUAUGGAGUAUUUCAUUUCAGAAUCGAUAUAGAAAUGAAUUAAUUAAAAAUAUUGAACUUAUCAAAAGACUGGAAAAGUUUCAUGCAACUGGUUUACCUGGUAAAGUGUUAGCGAAUAGUUACAUACCUCAUCGUAUGUCAUCAUUAACAAAAGUCAUUCAUGGUAUUUGGGAAAAUUUAUCCCCUUCAGUAAAACGAGUAAUAAAAUCCUCAACAUCUUCUAGUUCAAAUCGAUCUGUUCAAUCAUUGAUGAUUAGCUAUUCUCAUGCUAAUAUUAGGUUUUGUCGACAGUUAUAUGAUAUGUUAAUUAAAGAUCCCACUUUAUCAGUUUGGAUCGAUUUUAACAAUUGUAAAUCACGUGAUAUAUGGGAAGAAAUAGCACAUGCUAUUGAACAAUCGGAUUGUAUCCUCUUUCUUAUGUCAAAAGAGUACUUUAAUAGCAAAUCAUGCCGUCAAGAAGUGGCUUAUGUCACAGAUACAUUAAAAAAAAACUUUAUUCCGAUUUAUAUUGAUGCUGAUUACAAAGCAACCGGUUGGCUCGGUAUUCGAAUAGCAGGAUCAAAAUAUAUCCGAUUUGGCAAAAAUGAUUUUAUGAAUACAUGCAAGGAUUUAUUGUCAAUAAUCAAUAAACAUCGUUCAACGACUAUACCUACGCAUCAUGAUAUCACUCAAGAUGGAAACAACUAA